AUGUUAGAUGCUGUCGGACCUCACAGUUAUGGACAUGUUCUAGAAUUUUUUACUGACAAACGUUCUUUUGUUUAUAAUCAAUUUGGUUUUAUUCCUGAGACACCAACUGAUCUUUCAAAUGCACUUUUAUAUUAUGAAAAAUCUCUGCAAAUUGAUUUAAGUUAUUCAUCGUCUAAUUAUCAGAAGUUUUCACCAACUUAUCCAAAUAUUGGAGAAAUUUUUCGACAAGAAGGUGAUCUUGAUCUAGCAAUAAAUUAUUACGAAAAAAGUUUUGAAAGCCAAUUAAGUUCUUCAAAAUCUUAUUCUAUAAAUACCGCUUCACUUCAUAAUAAUCUUGCCGUGGGAUUUAACCGAGAAGGAAAAUGCCAAGAAGCAAUUGAAAGUCAUCAACGUACACUUGAACUUGAAGUUGUUCAUCUUCUAACACAUCAUUUAAAUUUAACUUGA